UGUUUAAGUAGGUUGUGUCAACAGUAGUUCUGCCUCUGACAGCUACUAACAAAGUUGCACAGAACUUUUUGCGGACGGAUUGUACGGUUCGCGCCAUUGCGAGGGUUGGAACAGAACAGUCUCCGACUGUUUUACUUUAAAAGCCUGCAGCAUCCUGUUGCAACCCAUUUGAGGGAGCCGUCUGUCUAUACGGACAACUUCGCUUCAGUUUCAACCGGGCUGGUUUCACACGGCGUUGGUUUCUUGACAGCGACAGACUUUUUGGUUUGAUAUUUAAUAGCAGACAUCGUAUUUAGAAACUUACACCCUAUUUUUAGACUUGACUGUCUGAAGUUGACCACUUUGUAGCGCAUAGAAAACCGCUUUGUGAAAGAUUGUUCAACUCGGAUUUUAAGUAACACUUGUUAAUCGACUUGUAAUGUUAAUGUUUGCUUUCCGAAGAAUAUUUUUUGACCGCGUGGAAUUUUCUUAGCGUUUUAAGAAGAGCUCGAAUCUUUUGGCAUCCAUACCGCUACUCAACAUCAAUGAAUUAAGAACGCCCAGAGGACGAGUUGUCUGGAAGUUUGUUUAUUUAUUUAUUUUUCGAUUUGCCUGAUAAUUUGGUAAGUUUCAACAACAUGGAUAAAUACGAUGAUUUGGGACUUGAGGCAAGUAAAUUUAUUGAGGAUCUCAACAUGUACGAGGCAUCCAAGGACGGUUUGUUCCGAAUGAAACGGGAUGCAGGCAAUAACCCUGACUUUGAAGAAACCAGGAGAGUAUUCGCAUCUAAAAUGACUAAAAUUCACAUGCAAAAACACCAAGAAGAAAUGGCAAGAAACAACUUGGCGGUAAGGAUGAACGGUGGUCACGCGAGAGCGUCAGACAACACUAUUUACACCAAAGACCGGCCGCCUAUCAACAGUUACAAACCGGGAGGCGAAGCGGCUGCCAAACCUCCUAUACUGUCUGGCCCCACGCCAAGCGCGAGCAGCGUGAAUCAGUACGUCUCUUACGAGGGACAGAAACAACAUCCCGCCACAUUGCAGGAUACCCCUGGCAGCAGGGGCUAUGGUUACGGCUCUGCUGUUGUUGCCCCUGGAAACUUCUCUUACAACCAAGCACCCUUGGCUACUCACGGAGGCCACCCAAGUGCUCCCUCAGGCUCUUGGUCCUCCCCCAAGACUGGUCUGCCCACCUCGGGUGACCGUAGUCCAGGAGCAACUCCUGUUUAUCCCCCCCAUCAGCAGCCUCCUCGCCAGGCUCCGUCGCCCUCCUUCACCAAUAGUCUCCCCUCCCCAAGCUCCCCGGGUUUAAACCAGAAACAAGGAGUGACUCCACCGCUCCACCAGACCUCCCCAUCUUACUCCCAGGCAGUAAAACCUGACUCCAUCCCGGCAUCUCCCACGGGCUCCUUCAGAGGAGGUGCAGACUGUCACCAGCAGUCUCCUCAGGUCAGCCCCAUUCAGUACGCUCAUCCUAACAACGUGGCCCAGAGACCGGCUCACGGAGACCUCCGACAAAACGGGCUCUCUCAGAACCUGGGCCCCCAACCGGCUUCGCCUGCUCGGGUGACUCAGCCAUCGUACGGCCAGUCCUCCGCGCCCCCAGAGCCUUCGCUGGCCAAGACAGCUGCUGCUGCUCCUGCCACCACUCAAGGCCAGGUGACCGCAGUGGGUCCCCCUGUGCCAAGCAGCCCAACAGCCCCCUCCACGCAGGUGCUGGCGGCAGAACCCAGCCAACAUGAAGGUUCCAGUUCCCCCAGAGCACUCAAACUGCCCUGCCAGACCCUCCACACGCAGACAGAACAGGGGCCAUCUGCAGCAGAAAUAAAAUUAGAAGCUCUUACGGAACGGCUGGAAAAGGAGAUGGACGCUCAGCCUAAGGCCGAGUACUUCGGUAGCUGUGUGAAGUGCAGUGCGGCGGUUUAUGGGGCCACUCAGGCCUGCCAGGCCAUGGGGAGUCUGUACCACGACGCCUGCUUCACCUGCAGUGCCUGCAGUCGAAGGCUGAGGGGAAAAGCCUUUUACUAUGUUUGCGGGAAGGUUUUUUGUGAAGAGGACUUCCUGUACUCUGGAUUCCAGCAGUCUGCAGAUAAAUGCAAUGUGUGUGGACACUUGAUCAUGGAUAUGAUCCUGCAGGCGCUGGGCAAAUCGUAUCAUCCCGGCUGCUUCCGCUGCGUCAUCUGUAAUGAGAGUCUGGAUGGAGUCCCCUUUACUGUGGACACAGAGAACAAGAUCUACUGUGUGAAAGACUACCACAGGGUCCUAGCACCAAAAUGCGCCGCCUGCAACCAACCUAUUCUUCCCUCUGAGGGAUCUGACGAAACUAUCCGAGUAGUGUCCAUGGACAAGGAUUACCACGUGGAGUGUUACCACUGCGAGGACUGUCAUAUGGAGCUGAAUGAUGAAGAGGGCCAUCGCUGCUAUCCGUUAGACGGACACCUUCUCUGUCACGCAUGUCACCUCAAACACAUCGAGCCCGGUGCCUCUUCUCCCGCGGCUGCAAAUUUCCAGCAUCAGUUUUAGAUAUCUGGUGCCCUCUGCUGGCUGAUUUCAGACAUUGCUAUAAUACGUGCCAAAGCCAAACACCAGGAUGGUCUUCUUUUUUUCUUUUCUUUCCGUCUUUUUUGUUGUUGUUGUUUGUUCGUUUGUUUGUUUUUUACAAUCUCAGGUGAAACUGGGGUUGCAGGUCGUUGUAAUUAAAAAGCAAAUGUGUUUAAAUGUUUGUUUUUUGAUUUAAGAAGACAGAACUGUCGGUGUUGUCUGGAAAGUCAUUUUAAUUUUACGUUUAGAAAUCACUAAAAUGUUAAGGAUGUGAGAUGAUAAAGUAUUAUUAUUAAGAGAGUAUUCAUUUCAUCAUACUGAGGUAUUUGAGUGGAUGACUGGAUUUUGAGCCAAUAGUUGUGCCACGUUUUUUGUUUUUUUUUUAAGUAUGUUCCAGUUUUGAAAAAACAUUCAGCUCUGGAUUAGGCGCACAUCAUAUCUGAUUUUUACCUGAAUAAAUAUGUGUGUUUUUCUUUAAACGCAGCUUUUGAGAAGGGAGAGAAGAGAGAUGUGUUCUGUAUGUAUGUACGUGUAAGAGAGAAGAGCGAAUGCUAAACCGCUUGAGAGGGGCCUGCAUUAUAAAUUUUGUCAUAAUCCUUUUUUGUAUUUAAAUAUUAUUUAUCCAUCCCUAUCGUAGAAACGGCAUGUUUAGAAGAAUGAAGAUAAUUCUACC